AUGUCCAACAGCAGCUCCAUCACCCAGUUCUUCCUCAUGGCCUUUGCAGACACACGGGAGCUGCAGCUCUUGCACUUCUGGCUCUUCCUGGGCAUCUACCUGGCUGCCCCCCUGGGCAACGGCCCCAUCAUCACUGCCAUAGCCUGCAACCACCACCUCCAUACCCCCAUGUACUUCUUCCUCCUCAACCUCUCCCUCCUUGACCUGGGCUGCAUCUCCACCACUCUCCCCAAAUCCAUGGCAAGUUCCCUCUGGGGCACCAGGGCUAUCUCCUACGCAGGAUGUGCUGCCCAAGUCUUUCUUUUUCUCUUUUUGUUGUCAGCAGAGUAUUACCUUCUCACUGCCAUGGCCUAUGACCGCUACGUUGCCAUCUGCAAGCCCCUGCACUACGGGACCCUCCUGGGCAGCAGAGCUUGUGCCCACAUGGCAGCAGCUGCCUGGGGCGGUGGGUUCCUCUAUGCUGUGCUGCACACAGCCAAUACAUUUUCACUCCCCCUCUGUCAAGGCAAUGCUGUGAACCAGUUCUUCUGUGAAAUCCCCCAGAUCCUCAAGCUCUCCUGCUCAAACUCCUACCUAAUGGAGGUUUGGCUUAUUGUGUUUAGUGUGCUUGUAGACUUAGGUUUUUUUGUUUACAUUGCACUUUCUUACGUGCAGAUCUUCAGGGCUGUGCUGAGGAUCCCCUCUCAGCAGGGACGGCACAAAGCCUUUUCCACGUGCCUCCCUCACCUGGCUGUGGUCUCCCUUUUUAUCAUGACUGGCAUGUUUGCCUACCUGAAGCCCCCCUCCAUCUCCUAUACAUCCCUGGAUUUGGUGGUGUCAUUUCUGUACUCAGUGGUUCCUCCAACAGUGAACCCUCUCAUCUACAGCUUGAGGAACAAGGAGCUCAGGGAUGCCCUUUGGAAACUGAUUCAAUGGCUGCUGUUUCACUGGCAAUAA